AUGGCAGCUUUCGACAUGUCAGACCCAAAAUCAAUUGUUUCGCCUGGUGGAGUUGGUUUUGAUAUUAAUUGCGGUGUUCGCCUCUUAAGAACCAAUUUACAUGAGAAGGAUGUACAACCUAUUAAGGAGCAACUAGCUCAAAGUUUAUUUGACCAUAUACCUGUUGGAGUGGGUUCCAAGGGAAUAAUACCUAUGAAUGCUAGAGAUUUAGAAGAGGCAUUAGAAAUGGGUAUGGAUUGGUCUCUUAGAGAAGGAUAUGUUUGGGCUGAAGAUAAGGAGCAUUGUGAGGAAUAUGGCCGCAUGUUAAAUGCUGAUCCAUCUAAAGUUAGUCUUAGAGCUAAAAAAAGAGGUUUGCCUCAACUUGGAACUUUAGGAGCUGGUAAUCAUUAUGCUGAAAUACAAGUAGUUGAUGAAAUUUAUGAUAAAUAUGCUGCCAGCAAAAUGGGCCUAGAAAGGACAGGACAAGUUGUAGUCAUGAUUCACUCUGGAAGUAGAGGAUUUGGUCACCAAGUAGCAACAGAUGCUUUAGUACAAAUGGAGAAGGCAAUGAAAAGAGACCAAAUAGAUGUAAAUGACCGACAAUUAGCAUGUGCUAGAAUAAAUUCUGUAGAAGGUCAGGAUUAUUUAAAAUCUAUGGCUGCAGCAGCUAAUUUUGCUUGGGUGAACCGAAGCUCUAUGACUUUUUUAACACGCCAAGCAUUUGCAAAACAGUUCAAAAUGGCUCCUGAUGACUUAGAUAUGCAUGUUAUAUAUGAUGUGUCUCAUAACAUUGCGAAGAUUGAAGAACAUGUUGUAGAUGGGAAAGUAAAAACGUUACUUGUUCAUAGAAAGGGGUCUACAAGGGCAUUUCCACCACAUCAUCCUUUAAUACCGGUUGAUUAUCAACUGACUGGGCAACCAGUAUUGAUUGGAGGCUCUAUGGGUACUUGUAGUUAUGUCUUAACUGGAACUCAUCAGGGUAUGACUGAAACUUUUGGAACAACUUGUCAUGGUGCUGGGCGUGCAUUAUCUCGUGCAAAAUCUAGGAGAAACAUAGACUAUAAAGAUGUACUAAAUAAGCUUGAGAAUUUGGGCAUUUCUAUAAGAGUAGCUUCACCUAAGCUGGUUAUGGAAGAAGCACCAGAGUCAUAUAAAAAUGUAACUGAUGUUGUUAACACAUGUCAUGCCGCUGGUAUAAGCAAGAAGACUGUUAAGUUAAGGCCAAUUGCAGUUAUUAAGGGU